AUGAUUGUAUUUGCUUUGUUUAAUCAAGAUGUGGAUGAAUGUACUGAGAUUCCUGAUGUGUGUGGUCCACAUGCAAACUGCACCAAUGCUGUUGGAAACUACAGCUGCACAUGCCUGAGAGGAUAUAAUGUGACUAAUCCAUACUUUCCUAUCAGCAUCAACAACCCAUGCAGAGAUGUGGAUGAAUGUACUGAGAUUCCUGGUGUGUGUGGACCAAAUGCAAACUGCACCAAUGCUGUUGGAAGCUACAGCUGCACAUGCCUGAGAGGAUACACUGUGACAAAUCUUUCCUUUCCUAUCAAUGUUGGCAACCCAUGCAGAGAUGCUGAUGAAUGUAUUGAGAUUCCUAAUGUGUGUGGUCCAAAUGCAAUCUGCACCAAUGCUGCAGGAAGCUACACUUGCACAUGCCUGAAUGGAUAUAAUGUCACAAAUCCAUACUUUACUAUCAACAGCAGCAACCCAUGCAGAGAUGUGGAUGAAUGUGUUUCUGCACCAUCUGUAUGUGGAUUAAACUCCAGCUGCAACAACACAGUAGGAGGAUACAGUUGCUUUUGCUGGGAUGGAUUUACUGCUACAAACUCAAGUCUAGCCGUCAACAUUACGAACCCGUGUAUAGAUGUGGAUGAAUGUCUGUCCACUCCAUCUGCUUGUGGUCCAAACUCUACCUGCACCAACACAAUAGGAGGAUACAAUUGCUCAUGCUGGCUUGGAUUUACUGCAACAAACUCAAAUCUUACUGUAAACAUUACUAACCCUUGUACAGAUGUGGAUGAGUGUCUGUUCACACCAUCACCUUGUGGUUCACACUCCACCUGCAACAACACAGUGGGAGGAUACAGCUGCUCUUGCCGUGAUGGAUUUGCUGUUCCCAAUGCAAAUCUAAAUGUCCGCAUCAGUAACCCUUGCAUUGGGACCCCAAGCCGCUCCCAGGCCAACUUGAAGAGGGAAUCUCUCCAGUGGGUCCUAGGACGACCCCGGUGCCUUAUCGCUUGGAGAGGGACUGACCCCUAUCAAGCCAGUUUCUGCCACAAGGGCCUAGGCUGCCGAGGGCCCCCCUGCAAUCUCCCACUGCCUGUGCAGCACUGCACCACUCCCCCAUGCGGGCCCACAUGGUCCUCCUACAUUGCCUCUUCAGGUUGGGCCCGGCCAGGUUACGUGGGUUUCCCGGUCACCAGGCGCUCGCCAGGAGACACUACUCCCCAGGCCUGGCUCCAGGGGCAGGUCCCAGUGCCCCUAUCCCAAGGAAGGGAGCAUAUUGCUCCUGACGACUUAGCUCUGAAGAUCUCUAGACUACACAAGCCCUUCCGCCACGACAAGGCCCUGAUCCAGGAAGGGAGAAACAUCAUGAGCUUUGCUAAAUAA